AUGGGCUGCUUCCCCUUCCUCAACAGGAACAAAGGCCACGAUGCCGCCUCCAUCAAGACCGACUCCACCCUAGUCGACUCCCCUGCCUUCGAUUCUGAAAAGGCACGCAAGCAGAUCUUCCUCAAGAGCAAGCUCAAGCCUGACCUCACCGGUCCUCGUCUCUCUGCUCUGCGCAAGUUGAUGGCCGAAGAAGCAGUCGACUUCUAUCUUGUCCCCACCGACGAUGCGCAUGCGACCGAGUACACUGCUCCUUCAGACCAGAGACGCGUUUGGAUCUCGGGUUUCACUGGAUCUGCUGGAACGGCUAUUGUCGGUAAGGACUCAGCCCACCUCUUUGCUGAUGGACGAUACCACGUCCAAGCUGCAGAACAGCUCGAUGACAACUGGACUCUGCACAAGGUGGGUGUCAGCGGCGUGCUCGAUUGGUCCGAGUGGAUCGUCAAGCAGGCGAACGAGACUACCAAGGUCGGUAUGGAUCCUGCGCUGAUAAGCUAUACUCUGGGCAAGUCGCUAGUCGUCACGCUCAACGAGGCAGGUGGUUCCGCCGUCUUCCCUUCUCGCAACCUUGUUGAUGUUGCAUGGGGUAAUGAUCGUCCAGAACCCAUCACCUCGCCCGUGUACGAACACGAGCUCAAAUACGCUGGCAAACCUGCUCAAGCCAAGCUCCAAGAUGUCCGAAAAGAUCUCGAAUCGAAGCCCAAAGGAUCUGCUUACUUUGUCUCAGCCCUAGACGAGGUGGCUUGGCUACUCAACCUCCGUGGAGCCUCCAUCCCAGGUCAUCCUGUCUUCCCUGCCUACAUCCUAGUCUCUGAGCAGCAGUCGGUGCUUUUCAUCCGCCGCGAGCUGCUACCUGAAGGUGGAGAAGCAGACAAGUAUAUUCGCGAGACACUGAAAUUGGAUGUGCAAUCUUACGAUUCGAUUUGGCACUACCUUCGUCGCUGGGUCGCUCAAGCUUCGCAUGGUCGCAAACUUGUGUCUGGCGAAAAGCUCUCGUAUGCAGUAGCAAAUGCUGUGGGAGAUGAAAACUUGCACCUCAUCGAUCCCUCUCCCGUUGCGCUACGUAAAGCGAUCAAGAACCAUGUCGAGCUUCAGGGCUUUAGGGAUAGUCACAUUCGUGAUGGUGCUGCCUGGGUCAAGUGGGCUGCCUGGCUCGAGGACCACGUCAAGGUGAGGCGCGAGAAGAUAGAUGAAUGCGAGGCAGCGGUCAAGUUUCAAGAAAUUCGCAAAAAGCAGCAUCUGUAUGCUGGCGACAGUUACGAUGCCAUCUCUGCUUCAGGUCCCAAUGCUGCUCUGCCGCAUUACGAGACUCCUAAGGAGGCUUCUCGUGUCAUUGAUACAGAGACACCUUACCUUAACGACUCGGGCGCUCAGUAUCACGAUGGAACAAUCGACUGCACGAGGACGGUGCACUUCGGUAGACCUAGUGCUGAGCACAAGCGUGCGUACACGAGAGUGUUGCAGGGUCAUAUUCGAUUGAGCCAGGUCAAGUUCCCGGCUGGUACAACCGGGCAGCAUCUAGAUCCGAUUGCUCGUCAUGCUCUGUGGGAAGACGGUCUCGACUAUCGUCACGGAACAGGUCACGGUGUUGGUCAUUUCAUGGACGUUCACGAAGGACCACAAGGGUUCUCGAGCAUGUCUGGAGGAUCUAAGAAGCCAGUUCCAUUGCAGGAGAACAUGGUGCUUACAAUUGAACCUGGUUUCUACGAAGAAGGACAUUUCGGUAUCCGCACCGAAUCACUCAUGGCAGUGAAACGCAUCGACACGCACCGCAACUUCGGCGGUAUACCCUGGUACGGCUUCGAGCGUAUCACUCAGGUCCCCAUCGCCACCAACUUGGUCGACUUCAGCCUGCUCUCUUAUGCCGAGGCACGCUGGUUGAAGGAACACAACUCUGAUGUGCGAAAGGUGCUCAUGCCUCUCAUCAAGAAUGACAAGAGGGCUGUUCGCUGGUUGCGACGACAGUAA